AUGGGUUUAGAUGGUAUUCUAUUUCAUUGCCAUUACUGCCAGCACACAUCUGUCAGCUUCAAGUUGCAUUUAUCACAUAGGGACUGCCAUCGACACAUCAAUAACAAUAAAUAUUUUUGUGGAGUGAAUCGCUGUGAAAAAGUUUUCAAUCGUGAGAGUGUUCUCAGGAAACACAUUUUGAGACAUCAUGCACUGAAGGUCAGCCAGCUGGAGGCUAAGAGACUGCCACCGACUGCCUUUAGGGGCAAAUACAUCUGCUCAGUUGGAACCUGCAAGAAGGAAUUCGAUGUUUAUAAAGGUUUUCUCAGCCAUCUAAACUUUCAUCUAUCCCAAAGUGCCAUUGUUGAGUGCCCAUAUACUGAAUGUUUUAAGAAGUACAAGAACAAGAAGUCUUUUUCUUCUCACUUAUCAAGAUCUCAUCGUUCAGCUCCACCUGGCCAGUGCGGACAAGAUUCCAGUAGUGCUGAUGCUGCUGAAGAUCUUUCAGAUUAUUUAAUUACUGAAGAUAUUCCUGAGAAUUGUUUUGUUGAUCAAGGGAGUGCUAAGUCAGGUAAUGAAGAGCACCUCCUCCUUCAGAACUUGGCUCACUUUUUCAUGAAGCUGGAAUAUCAUCAUCUCGUUCCUGAAACUGUGAUUCAAUAUGUCUAUGGCGAGAUGUCUCAUGUUUUCUCUCAAGGCCUAGCUCACCUCGACAAAGAAAUUAGAAGACAAAUGGAACAUCAUAAUAUUCCAAGUGAGAAGAUUCAGCUAAUUAUGUCCAGUGCCUUGAAGAAUGAUCCCUUCUCCAAAACCCUGUGUGAUGACUUACGGUCAGAUUAUAUGAGGAAAGAAUUCUACAAGAAGACGUUUCCAUUUGUUCAACCUGAAAAAAUAGAAUAUGUUCGUACUUUCAAGAACAAACGUGGUGAGCUUAUCAAAAGGGAUGUAUUCUUUUAUUAUAUUUCUAUUGAGGAAACACUACGAGCCUGCUUCUUGGACAAGUCCCUAAACUUAAAACUGGAGCCUGCAGUUGUGAGAACUGAUGAUAUCAUCUCUGAUGUUACCGAUGGUUUGGUUUUUCUUGAAAAAGGUUCUUCCAGCAGAAUCCGUUGGCUCUGCCUAGUAGCUUUGUGCAAGGAGAAAGAUUUUGUCCAUGAGGUGGUGUAUGGUAGGAUUGUCAAGGACUUGAAAGUUUUGGAAAGAGAUGGAAUGUAUGUUGAAGGUGUUGGCAAUGUGAAAGUGGGAUUAACUUACAUUGCAGGUGAUAAUCUGGGCAGUCACCAGUUGGGUGGAUUUGUGUGUAAUUUUAGUUCAGCCAAAUACUUCUGUAGAUUUUGUCACAUUGAGAAAGAAAUUUUUCACAGUAAAUAUGGUGAAACUGUUGAAUUUGAAUUGAGAACAGUGGAAUCCUAUGAAGAAUGUCUUAGGCUGGGAAAGUCUAAGAAGUAUGGCCAUAAAGGCGUAAAAUUUGAUUCAGAAUUCAAUGAGUUGGAAUACUUUCAUGCAUGUAAGCCAGGCCUCAGCAGUUGUGUUGGACAUGAUUAUAUGGAGGGAUGCAUUGCCUUUGACCUGAAGCUGUUCAUUGACUAUUUUAUCAGUGAGUCCUGGUUCACGCUGCACGAGUUGAAUGAAGCUAUUGAUAAUUUUGAUUAUUCUAAAGAAGAGAAGCGGGAUAAACCGCCUCCUGUGCAAGAAGAGGCUGAACGAGUCAAAGGAGGAGCUUGGCAGGUGUGGACACUUUUGCGCCUUUUCCCUCUGAUUAUGCAGAACUUCAUUCUGGAUGACACAAAUAAAGUUUGGCAAGCUCUUAUGUUGCUGUCAGAAAUAACUGAAAUUGUGUGUGCCCCUGGAAUUCAUAAAUCAAUUCUGCCAUACCUGCACUGUAUUAUAAUUGAGUACUUAACAGUAAGGAAAGCACUGUUUCCAGAGGUCCCUCUGCGCCCGAAGCACCACUUCAUGUCCCACACAGUUCUAAAUUAUUUAUUCUUCGGACCACUUCUCAAGUGUUGGACAAUGCGCUAUGAGUCAAAGCAUUCGUACUUCAAACGCAUUGCUCGUGUUGUCCGUUGUUUUAAGAACAUUUUAUUUACCUUUGCUAUGAAGCAUGAGUUGUUGCAGUGCUAUUUACGCAGUGGAGCAGAUUUGAGAUGUGAUGUAGCUGCUGCUGAAACCAGCAGGCUCUUCAUCAGUAAUUAUUCCAAAAACAUUCGGGAUGCUAUUACUGCCACAGUUGUUUCCCCAGGUGACUUGGAAGAAUCCAAGAUAGUUAUGAGUGUAAUGUUAGCCUUGGAAGAAUCUCCUUAA